AUGGCGAAUUCUGCAUCUGGAGAUUGCGUUGAUUUUGAUCGCGAUUGCGAGCGUGUGUUUCCUUCUGGAAUUUGUUUCGUUGAUUCGUUUGUGCAACAAUUCUUAAAUGGAAAAAAUGAUGAUAUUAUGUAUUUAGAAGCAGAACAGUCUGAAUUAAAGGAUAAAGAAUUUAAAUCUGAAGAUGAAGCUUUCGAAGCGUAUAAUGAAUAUGCUUUUAGGAAAGGUUUUGGAAUUCGAAUUGGGAAGAGUAAGAGAAGAAGAGAUGAUUCUUUUUUGAUGAAAAGAUUUGUUUGUUGUAAUGAGGGAUUCAAAGAUAAUAAGUGUAAGAAUAAAAGGAUUUAUGAGAAGUUGGAUCAUCGAACUGGUUGUUUAGCUUUUGUGCAGUUUCAUAUUGAUCAUUUAGGGGUCUAUACAUGUACAAGACAUGAAAUGGUUCAUAAUCAUGCUAUGAUUCCUCCUGAAAAAAGGCAUUUGAUAAGGUCUCAAAGAGAUGUGAAUAAAGAGCAGCUUCUUUUCAUUUCAACAAUGAAAUUGAGUGGAGUCAAAGUUAUUGAUUCUUUGAGGGUUCUAAAGAAGGAGGUUGGGGGAUCUCCUAAUCUUUGUUUUACUGCUUCUGAUGCUUAUAAUGCAUUGUCAUCUGAAAAAGAUGCCCAAAUUGAAGGAUGUGAUGGUAACCAAUUGAUUAAAUAUUUUGCCAAGAGACAUGUGGAUGAGACAGAUUUUUAUUAUGAUUUUGAACAAGAUGAUAGUGGUGCUUUAGUUAGUUUUUUUUGGCGUGAUGGUAGGAUGAUGAGAGAUUAUCAUUACUUUGGAGAUUUGUUGGUUUUUGAUACAACUUAUAGAACUAAUAAAUAUGGAAUGAUAUGUGCUCCAUUUGUUGGGAUGAACCAUCAUGGUAACAAUGUCAUGUUUGGUAUGGGAUUUAUUCUUAAUGAGCGCACCGAGUCUUUUGAUUGGUUGUUUGAUACAUUUUUGCACUCAAUGGGGAGGAAAAGUCCCAUUACAAUUAUGACUGAUCAAGCACAAGCGAUUGCAGCGGGUAUAAGAAACAUUUUUCCUUCAACUGUUCAUCAUCGUUUAUGUGUAUGGCAUCUUGAACAAAAUUCUAAGAAACACAUUGGAGCAUUGAGAGCUUUGGAAGGCUUUACAGAUUUGUUUGGAUAUCUUUUGAAGUAUUGUGAAACUCCUGCUGAAUUUGAAUAUUUCUGGAAAAGGAUGUGUGAUAAAUACAAAUGUGAAAAUGAUGAUUGGUUAUGUGAUUUGUAUAAAAUAAAGGAAAUGUGGUGUCCUGCUUAUUCUAAGAAGUAUUGGUCUGGUGGUAUAUUGUCUUCUCAACGUAGUGAAACUACUAAUAAGUCAGUUUCACAACGUCUUAAUAAGACUCAAGGUUUAUGUGAUUUUUAUCAUGUUUUUCUUGAUGUCAUUUCUGAGUGGAGAAGUAAGGAAGGUGCAAGAGAUUACAAUACCCUGAGGGGUAAUAGGCACCUAGCUUUUGCUAAUAUUGGUAUAUUAGUUCAUGCAAGAUCAUUAAUAUUCAUAUCUUCUUUGGAGGCCUGGGAAGGAUAUAAUUAA